AAGAGAGUGUUUCAUUGCAGGACGUGACCACCCUCUGUCAGCUGUAAGGGAAGGCCCAAGCAAGCGCCCCUUUUAUCUGAACGUGGGGUCAGGAACUCUCGCUUGCGCCUCUUGCCAGGAAAAGCCGGCUCGCCGCCGGCGAAAACGACGACGCUCGGCUUGGAGAGCCGUGCCGGCCGGGGGUCCUCGCAGCGGCCACGAGCAAGAGGCCGCCCGAGCCCCUCAGGGAAACCGCAGGGCUUUCCCGCCUCCUGGGCAGGCUCGGUCGAAGGGCGGGCUGUGUCGUCAUUGCAGCGCGCCGGAAGUAGUUUCUCCUUGGAGACGGGAGCGCUACAGGCGCGUUCGCCGAAGUCGCUGUUCGCCUUCGGAGGAAAGGCUGGCAACUGAUUCGCUAACCCGGGCAAAGCGUGGCGGAGGCCAUUGCCUGUUGUGCUUUCGGGCGCUACAGUUGCGGACCCGAGCUCACCUGAUCUCGGAAGCCAAAGGACCACCACCGGGGAAUAUCAACGCUCUCAAGAUAGCAAUGGAUCUUGAGCCAGAUCCUUCUCCUGAACACCAGGACUCUGACAAUGACUCUGACACAGAGAGCAAAGGAGAUCCAGAUACCCAGGCCCAAGAAUAUAUUGACCGUGUUCUUGGGCUUUCAAGCAGUCAGACAUCCUGCUGCGUGCCUCCUGAAUCCCUCUCAAUCGGAGGUACUGCCUGGGCAUCAGAACCCAAGUCUCCUCCUCUGGAGUUCAAAAAGUCUCCUGUUACGGAUGAGACAGCUUCAGGGUUGUUGUCUCUUCCUUUGGAAUUGAUCUUGAAGAUCUGUUCCUACUUGCAGGCCAGAUUUGUCCUGGGUGUUCUUCCUUUGGUCUGUAAGACACUGAGGGAUAUUGUGCAGGAUGAAGUCACUUGGAGAAUUCGCCUCUUGAAGAGGAUUGGCAGUUGCUACCCGGUUGUGGAAGAGGAGAACUUUAACUGGCCAGCUGCCUGCAUUGAGUUAGAGGAGCACCUCCAACAAUGGGCAGAGAAUGGUUGGAACACAGAUCACUUUUCCCUCACCGAGGGACACUUUGCCUCAGUUGACUCUGUGCUGCUCCUUCAGGGUGGAGAGCUCUGCGUUUCGGGUUCUCGCGACCGCAAUGUCAUCUUGUGGGACCUGAGACAGCUGGGCAGAGCACCAGAGAAAGUGCUGGUGAAGGCACUAGGGACAGAAUGCAAUGGCACGCACAAGGGAUGGGUAUGGUCUCUCGCUGCAAGAGAUGACCGGGUGUGUUCUGGUUCCUGGGACAGCACAGUAAAGCUGUGGGAUAUUGCAGCUGAAGGGCAGCAGUUCGGUGAAAUAAGGGGGAAAGCAGCUGUGCUGUGCCUUGCUUACCUGCCAGACAUUCUGGUCACAGGAACCUAUGACAAGAAGGUGACCGUAUAUGACCCACGAGCUGCUCAUGCCCUAGUGAAAAGCCGCAAGCUUCAUUCCAGUGCAGUCCUAUCCCUUGCAGCAGAUGAGCACUUUAUAAUCUCUGGGAGUGAGGAUCGAACGCUAGUAUGCUUUGAUAGGCGGACUAACAGUGUCCUCCAGAGGCUACAGCUGGACUCCUACCUCCUUGCCAUGUCAUACAAGGGUGCUCAGCUGUGGGCUGGAGACAACCAUGGGCUGCUGUAUGUCUUUGAGAACAAAGAAGGGUGCUUUCAGCACAUCCGGUAUUUCGAUGUGGGCCAUCGUUCUCAGAUCACUGGAGUCCACCACUCACUGGGCGCCCUAUACACUACAUCCACUGACAAGAUGCUGCGUAUUCAUGUUCCCACGGAUCCGCCAAAAGUAAUCUGUUCACACACACACAGCUGUGUAUUAAAUGGGGUCAGCGUUGAAGGAAACGUAGCAGUGGCCGCCUCAGGGGGCCUUUCUUUGGAAGUCUGGAGGUUUCGGGUCUGAUGGCAAGCCACAGCGUGAUCCAGAGUCUCAAAAUCGGGUGUCUAGGACAACCUCGCCUCAGGGCCCAAAGUCCCACUACCUGUUGAAUUGUUGGUCUUUUGUUUUGUAUACUGUUUGGAACUGUGAAGUCAAAGGUUGAAGGUUCAGACUGAGCAUGUCCAAGCUAGCUAUAACUGACAGGGUUACUCAGAGACUGGGGUAUUGAUAGCUGUUCAUCUUCACACACACCCCUUUGCCAGCUGCCCAUUCUCCUUAAGAGAGCGCACUCUACAUCCUCAGGUCCCAUGGUCAUGCUUGCCACACACAGCACAGAGGAAACAGCCCUAUUUGGUGGCACAGCAGUUGAGAAAUAGCUGGUCCAGGAGAGGAAUGGGUAUAAUAGUACACAUAUAACUCUAAGGCUGAGGGGUGUCAGCUUGAGGAAGAUGAGUUUUUGGUACAGGGGAGGUUGGAGGUUAAAAAGGAUCUCUUUGUGACCCUGUUCUGGUAGAUGCUUACAAUAUCAUUAAAGGUGUUUUGCCAUAACAGCAAAGGGGCAGAGAUGGCUUUUUUAAAUUGCUUCUCAUGGCAAGUAGGAAUACAACUUUCUAAGCAUAUCCCCUUGUGGAGCUUGGCUGAGAAGUAAAUGCAACUGAGCUGCAGCAAAGGGUGGACUCGUGCCCUGAAAAUUGCAUGGGAUCCUGAAACAUUCCAUGUGAAUGCAACCAGCAAUUUAAUGGGCACAGAAAACUUGGAGCUGAACUCAAAUCAACCCAGGAGAGUUACACUUUUAAGUUUAAUGGCAGAUAUAGAGCAUGUUCCUCAGAAAGACCCAGUGUUAAAGGAGAAGCAUGCAAGAUUGUAUUUUUCCAAAAGAUAAGUAGGAGGCAAGUGAAGAAUUUCAUAAAAUGUUGAGAUUUCAUAGUGAUAGUGCUUUGGAAAUAUAUAAUUUAAUAGUGGUAACAUGUUACAGAAAACAGGUCUUGUGUUUAUUUCUUGGCGUUACUAUCUUAAAUGGCUAACAGUUGUUGGAGGAAGAACAUAAUAAAAUAUCUGUACAGACAGGCAGAAAAAUGGGAGAUUAAUUUUGUUGAUACAGGGUCACUAUUCUGGCAUAUGUACCUAAUAACUUUAUUUUUUUAUGCUGUGUUCUUCAGCCACAGGAAAGAAAAUGGACAUUAGAUGUUGGAAAA